CGCAGUGGUAUCGCCAAGGAUCAAGAGGUCAAAGGUAACACGACACGAAUGAUCACUCCCAGUGCAACGGGAACGACAACAACUAGAGCUGCUUUGUUGUUUUUUCAAGGACAGGAGUUGGUACACGCCUACAGCUCAGAUUCUGAAGAUCAACAUUAACAAAUAAAACCAUGAGUGCCCCAGUCAAGGAUGUCACCAUCCCAGAAGAUGCACCUUCUGACUUACUGCUGAACAAACAUGCUGACUUCAUCGCUCUGUAUGGUGCCAAGAAGGACGACUAUGAGUACUGUAUGACAGAGUACCUGCGGCUGAGUGGGAUGUACUGGGGACUGACGACCAUGGACCUGCUGGGUCAGCUGGAGAGGAUGGACCGUCAGCAGGUUGUGGAGUUCGUGGCGGCGUGUCAGCACGACUGCGGGGGAUUUGGCGCCAGUCUGGGACACGAUCCUCAUCUCCUCUAUGCACUCAGUGCUGUUCAGAUCCUGACCCUGUAUGAUGCCUUAGAUGCAGUAAAUGUGGACAAACUUGUGGAGUUUGUGUCCAACUUACAACAGCCUGACGGAUCCUUUUUUGGUGACAAAUGGGGUGAAGUGGACACCAGGUUUUCCUUCUGUGCUGUGGCCUGUCUGAAACUAUUGGACAAGCUGAGUGCUAUUGACCUUGAAAAGGCCACCAAGUUUGUUCUCUCCUGUAUGAACUUUGAUGGCGGUUUUGGGUGCAGACCAGGGUCUGAAUCACACUCUGGACAGAUCUACUGCUGUGUUGGGUUCCUGGCAGUGACGGGGCAGCUUCACCAUGUCAACGCUGACUUACUGGGCUGGUGGCUGUGUGAGAGACAACUCCCAUCAGGAGGUUUGAAUGGUCGGCCAGAGAAACUGCCUGAUGUGUGUUACUCCUGGUGGGUCCUGGCAUCGCUGAAGAUGAUUGGUCGGCUGCACUGGAUCGACAAGGACAAGCUGCGGACGUUCAUCCUGGCCUGUCAGGACGAGGAGACGGGAGGGUUCGCAGACCGACCAGGAGACAUGGUGGAUCCCUUCCACACCCUGUUUGGGAUUGCCGGCCUAUCUCUACUGGGGGCUGCUGAGGUGAAGACUGUCAACCCUGUCCUGUGUAUGCCUGAGGACACACUCAGGAGAAUAAACCUCCACAUCGAACUUCUGUCUAGCUAGAACGGCACAGGCGUUGAAUGGCCAAGUAGUUAGGUCAGUGGACAUAAAACUUAGAGGUCAUGGGUAAGAUUCCUGGCAAGACGUUGUGUCCUUGGGAAAGGCACUUAACAUGACUUUAUUCACUCCACCCAGUUAAAAAAUGUGUUCCUGACUUCAGUUUGGGUGGUGAAAGCUGGUAGAAGGAGAGAGAUGGGCGCUGCCUUAUAAAUUAUAGUUAUAAUACUUUGUCCUAGACACAGUGGAUUUACAACCAGCUUCUCCUACAGCCUCAAAAAGGCUUUGGAACUACAAAUGUACCUUUACCUGUAGUAGCUAGAGUGUAGAAUUUCUAGCAGUGAAGUUUAAAUCAAAGUUUACUAAGAAGAACAUGUAUGAGGAUGUUAGUUAGCAUGACGUAAGAAGUGAAUUUAUCUGUUGUGACUCUUAUAAUCCAUGUGAAAUGUAUACUGCUGCUGUGAUGUAUUAAUUCUUCCUAAAAGACAGCACAUACGAAGUCUGUUGUAAGACAGCAACUUGUAUUUAUGUUAAGCAUGUGUGUAAGGCUGGCACCAAUUUGUGAAAGAAAUGUUGCAUUUCU